AUGGAGGAGCUCUCGCAUGUGUCGUCGCGCUUGACAACGCGGGUGAUAUGUAUCAUCCUUGUUGGAUCCAUCAUCUCCACAGCCGUCAUGCGCGGAUUCCUGGAAAACAAAGUUCUUUUCAAAGCUGUCUACCCGGAUAACUUGGAAGAUAUGGUGUCAGGUGGGUCUUUGGAAACGAUUUUCGGAAAGAGCAUGUGGAUGCUGGUGUCCAUUGGUAUUGGCUUGCUGUGUGCUUUGGUGGGCUACAUCUUCCACAAGGGGUUUGCCCUGACCCACUGGCUGCUGACCAAGAAGGUCUAUCAGCUGUGCCCAAGAUUUCUAGUUUUUAUGAUCCUGGGCGGAAUGUCAGCUGGUAUCGGAGCACUUGUCUUCCACCUGACAGGCCUUCGUGGAGUUUGGGGUAUCGGCAUCAAAGACCUGGGCGAGGUCUUGGUACAGAAUCCAGAGAUUAAGGCCAGCGAUCUCUUGAUUUUCGCUCUGGGCAAGCUCGCAGCUUUCAUGCUCGGCGUAUCUGCCCGCUUCCCAGGGGAUACUUUGGAGCCAGUAUUGAUUUCUGGCGGAUUCAUCGGCGGCUUCGUAGGGAAGAUCCUACCAACGUCCAUGCUCGGGGAAGAUGCCAAUGCAGCCUGUGAGAUUUUUGGUAUGGUGGGCCUCUUCGCAAGUUGCUUCAGAUUCCCGCUGACUCCGGUCGUCAUCGUGUGGGGCGGUCAGUUCAGCAUGCAGAGCAUAGGAUCCUGCAUGCUCCCAUUCCCACAACUGUAA